UCCGGCAACAUAAAUUUCGCAACUUGUCAAAAGAAAUACUUUUUUUGUCUAAUUAGAAGAAAAAAAUUAUAUUUUCCGACUAAACUUCUACAUUAAAGGGUUUAUGUAAUUUUAGUUUAAAUAAUUUUAAAAACAAAUAAAUUACAAUGUUUUUAGUUUAGCUGUGUAACAAAAUAGAAAAAACUUUAGUUAUAAAACCUUAAAAGGAUAAUAAGAAAAGUGAGAAGAGUAAAAGAAAAACAAAAUAAAUAUUUCUUUAACCAGACUGGGCGUGCUUUUUAGUUUUGAGACAUAGACAAAGAAUAUUUGUACAAAAAAAACAAAAAUGGUAUCCUUUAAUGCUGCACAACGAAAAAAUGUCCGCAUACUAUUGGUGGGUGAUGCGGGCGUUGGCAAAACUUCCCUUAUACUCUCCCUGGUAAGUGAAGAAUUUCCAGAAGAUGUACCCCCUAAAGCAGAAGAGAUCACCAUACCUGCUAAUGUUACACCGGAGCAAGUGCCCACCAAUAUAGUGGAUUAUUCAAGCAUUGAACAAAACGACGAAAUCUUAAAUGAAGAAAUCGUUAAAUCUCAUGUUGUCUGCAUUGUUUAUGCGGUCGAUGAUGAUGAUACUUUGGAUCGUAUUACUUCACAUUGGUUGCCUUUGAUACGUAAUGCUGUGGGUGAAGAUCAACCUAGGAAACCGGUUGUUUUGGUUGGCAAUAAAGUUGAUUUGAUCGAUUACUCAACCAUUAAUAGUGUUCUUUGCAUUAUGGAGGAUUUCCCUGAGGUUGAAAGUUGUGUAGAAUGUUCGGCCAAAACUUUACACAAUAUAUCCGAAAUGUUUUAUUACGCACAAAAGGCAGUAUUACAUCCAACAUCCCCCCUCUAUAUUAUGGAAGAACAAGAUCUCACUCCCGCUUGCAAAAAAUCUCUGGUGCGUAUUUUCAAAAUUUGUGACAUUGAUGGUGACAAUCUUCUCAACGACUACGAGCUGAAUCUUUUCCAAAGACGUUGUUUCAACACACCCUUGCAGCCACAAAUUCUCGAUGAAGUCAAAUCGGUUAUACAGAAAAAUGUAGCCGAUGGCAUUUACAAUGAUUCGGUAACAUUAAAAGGUUUCCUUUUCCUUCACUGUUUAUUUAUACAGCGAGGACGCAAUGAAACCACUUGGGCGGUAUUAAGACGUUUCGGUUACAAUGAACAAUUGGAAAUGUGUAAAGAUUAUUUAAAGCCCACUUUGAAAAUACCACCAGGAAGUAGUACCGAAUUAUCACAUCGUGGCCAACAGUUCUUAAUUGCUUUAUUCGAGCGUUAUGACAAGGAUGCUGAUGGUGCUCUAUCACCCGAGGAGCAUAAAAUGUUAUUUAGUACAUGUCCUACACCACCCUGGUCUUAUUCCACGGAUAUACGUAAAUCAUGUCCCGUCAAUGAACAGGGUUGGGUUAAUUUAAAUGGUUGGCUGUGUCGUUGGACUUUAAUGACUCUAACAGAUGUUUAUAAAACCAUGGAAUAUCUGGCUUAUUUGGGUUUUAAUGUGCAUGAAAAUGAUACACAAUUGGCCGCCAUACAUGUGACAAGAGAGAGGCGCAUAGAUUUGGCUAAACGCCAAAGCAGUCGUUCAGUGUAUAUGUGUCAUGUUAUAGGACCCAAGGGUUCAGGAAAAACUGGUCUUUGUCGUGGUUUUCUACUCAAGGAUGAUAUGAAAUCUUUAAUAGGCAAAGAGUUUAAAACAAAUGUGGUACACUGCUGCAAUACGGUCCAGGUCUAUGGCCAAGAGAAACACUUAAUUUUACGUGAUAUCGAUGUUAAACACGCUUUAGAUCCUCUACAACCCCAAGAGAUUAAUUGUGAUGUUGCCUGUUUGGUCUAUGAUUCUUCCAAUCCUCGUUCUUUUGAAUAUAUUGCACGCAUUUACAUUAAAUACUAUGCCGAGAGUAAAAUUCCCGUCAUGAUUGUUGGCACCAAAUCGGAUAUGGAUGAGCGUCGUCAGGAUUAUCUGCUGCAGCCUGCUGAAUUCUGCGAUAAAUACAAGCUGUUACCACCUCAUCUGUUUAGCUUGAAAAGUGAUAAAAAAGAAUUGUAUGUUAAAUUGGCUACCAUGGCGGCUUUUCCACGCUUUCAAGCCGCAUGGAUAUUAUUUUACAAGCACAGGUUGGUACAGCUGUGGGAAUCGGCCCACUUACGUCAAUUUGGCCUUAUGACUGAAGAUCCUACUUUGUGGUGGAAGGCUAGUUUGGGUGUAGCUGCUGCCACUGUUUUAGGUUUUGUGGUUCUAAAGGCAGUCCAUGGUCUAACAUCUCCUUCACGUUAAAUGUGCCGGAAAGAAAAUUUUGACAAGAAACCUAAAACACAAACAUAUUUUAGUCGUACAUAUUUAUCCUCUAUUUAGUCCUCCUCAUAAUCAUCAUAAAUUAUAAACUAGACAACAGCAAUUAGGUCUGUGUUGUCGUUAAUUUUUUUUGGUUUUCUUCUUUGUAAAUAUUUUACAAAUUGUAUGUUUUAAUUUCUUUUGUAAUUUAAAUCAGGUUAUUUAAGCAAUUUAUUUUUUUUAUUAUUAAAAAAAACACAAUUUUAAGUAAAUGGAGGUUGAUCAAAUCAUAUUAUACAUUUAAAAUGGAUAUAAAAAUUAAUUGUCGUUAUUUUUUUUUUCUUACGUUUUCAUUUUACAAAAUAUAACCUAACUUUAACAUAACAGAAUAUAUUUUUUAUAUAUUAAAUAAGUAAAUUUAUAAAAACAACAAGAAUUUUAAAUUGUAUAUAAAUUAUAGCUUCCUUAAUUAAAAUUCCCUUCCCAAAACUCUUAUCAAAAGAUUUUACGUUUUAAACUCUAACCUUUACUAAUCUUUGAUUAACUCCCUCCCCUCUUCCCCCUGAAGUACCAAACAAAUUAUAUUAAUACUAAUGACUACUUGUAAACAUUUAGUUUAAACAUCUUUUUGUUUUAUUAACAAUUACUAAACAUUUCCUUAUAUAAUAUUUCUCUAAUAAAAAAAAAAGUAAUUGUAUACAUUAGUUGGAAUAUUAUAUAUUAAUUAUAUUUAAAUUAAAAGAAAUGAAAACAAUACCUACACUGUAUAGAAAUUUAAAGGAAAAAAAUACAAAGCAAAUAUUUCUG